GUAAAUUUCUGGUGGAUUACAUCAUAACGUUUGUUUAAAUCUAGGGGAAAGGACAACAAAAUUAAAUUCCACGUCAAGUUAUUGGACGUUCAGGUGGAAUAUUUCGAUUGUUUUUGUCUAUCUCGUAGUCAAAUGGUUUCGUGGAUAGAUAGAUUUAAAAUCCUGCAGAGUGAUUUGUUUCUUGGACGUAUUGCUUUAUUAUCUUUAGUUGUGCAGAAUGCCGCUGUUGUCCUUGUGACUCGAUAUUCUCGUGCUAGAGAAGGAAAUUUGUAUUUUCCUACAACAGCAGUGGUGAUGAGUGAAUUAGUGAAACUUCUAGUUUGUUUUCUACUAGUUUUGUUCGAAGAGAAAUGUUCUUUCGUCUCUUUUAUACACAGUUUAAGGGAGAAUAUAUUGAAAGAUCCGAAGGAUUGUCUUUUGGUGUCCGUCCCUGGAAUGAUCUACACAAUUCAAAACAACUUGCUAUUUGUUGGUUAUUCAAAUUUAGAUGCUGUUUCCUUUCAGAUAUCAUAUCAAUUAAAGAUUUUCACAACAGCAAUCUUCUUUAGAAUAAUCUUAUCGAAACAUUUAAGUCGGAUACAGUGGUGCUCCCUAGGUGUUCUGUUCACCGGUGUUGUAUUAACACAACUGAGUGAUGUAGUUAAUUCUAGUACUGAAAAAACGAAAAAUGUUGCAGAAAAUAGUAAUCUAUUUGUCGGUCUUUCUUCUGUUGUAUUGGCUUGUAGUUGUUCUGGUUUUGCUGGUGUUUUCUUUGAGAAAUUAUUAAAGGGUAGUCAUAAAAGUGUAGCUAUACGUAAUAUACAGUUGGCAUUCUACGGUGUUACAGCCGGUAUCCUAACUGUCUAUUUGAAAGAUGGUAAAGAGGUUGCUAGGAAAGGGUUUUUCUUUGGUUACGACUCUGUUGUAUGGGCAGCAAUAUUAAUUCAAUCAUUAGGUGGUUUGCUAAUCGCCGCAACUAUUCGGUAUGCCGAUAAUAUACGCAAAGGAUUUGCCACGUCACUGGCUAUAGUGCUUACUUUUAUUUUAUCAAUAUUCUGGUUUGAUUUUAAUCCGACAAUUUUAUUUUAUGUUGGUGCUAUCCUAGUGGUUGUUGCUACUAUCUUGUAUUCAUCUUAUCCCCCUUCAAAUAAUCAUAGUACUACUACUAACAACGAGAUAAAUGGUGUGAAUUCAUUCAAAAAUUUCUUAUCGGAGUCGAAUUUCAGACAUAAGUUUCCUGCCUAGCUGUUUCGAUUUUCGCUAUUGAGUAUUUGGUAACUGUGAUUUGAUUCCCGCCUUCAUCUGCCUUUUAAAAAUUAUCAAAAUACAUUGCUAUCAGUUGAAAAUUACUCUGAAUACUUGGAUUUUUUAGGAUGUUAACUUCCCCGUGCUUCUGUUCAUUUGGUUCUUCUGUAUUUUUCCCACGUAUCUGUGAUAGCUAGGAUAUAAAAUCUAGCUACUUUCGUUUUGUUCUUUGUAUUGUGUCUUUCAGAAACUUCUGAUUUCUUUUCUCAUCUUUUUGAUAAUAAAUGUUUGUGUUUUGCCAAUAAAUAAGGGUUGUCAAAAUACAUUACUUUCACUUGACGCCUUUUGUAUGACAGUUUGGGGAGAGGAGGAUGAAAGCACUUAUAUGAUCAAAAAGGCAUAAACAAUCUAGUUUGUGUGGAGUUUAGUGUUUUGAGAUAGCAGUUUAGGAAUCCUUAUAAGAUAUUUAAAAACCAAAGUAUUACGGCGAACAAUUUUUCCGGUACCUCGACAUUAGGCUUCACACUUAUAAUUUCAAAGUUAUUUUGUAAAGGCCGAAAUAAGGCAUGGUAGUAAAUUGGACGAUCUCUCAUUAGGAACGGUGGAC